UUAACAACCCCCGUGGAACGGUCACACUGCUGCGAGCUGAAUAUUUUUUGCUUUGUGUCGCGUUUUAAUGUGAAAAGAAAAACACUUUUUCCACGGUUACGGGCACAGAAAUCAGUGCAAAACAUUGCGAAUACGGAGUGCGCGAAAAUGCAGGCGGGGCAGCACUAAGUCGGAGCCGCAUCUCCCCCGAUUUCCGCCGUGCUGGCAGCCAACGUUGGCAGCCCGAAUCCGAAUCUCCAGCGCACUCGUUUAUUAUUAAACAACGGACAGGGAAACAGGGAAAGAAAAAAGCAGAAUCCAAGCCAGAAAACAUGUACAACAACGGGGCCAGGGGCUUCUCCAUUCACGACGCCUUCGAGGAGGAGACCGACGAGGCGAUACGCGUCUAUGGCUCCACCGUGAUAUCCACGCCCAUGAGAGGCAAGCAAGGUCGCUCCACCGAAGACGUCUCCAUCCGGAUUCAGGACCCCAAGGGCUACAACAAGUAUGCCGAGGACACAACGUCCCGGGACAGCGACUCGCUCAUCCAGGAGUACGGCAACCUGCCCACGGAGGAGACCAACACAUAUUGCUGGCGGCAUCCCAAGGUGCGUGAGAACUGGCGCACAGUGCUGGCCGCCUUUACGCUGCUGGUCGUGGGCACGGGCCUCUUUGUGAUGGGCACCUUCGCCAUCGCGGAUCCGCAAAACACGUCGCAGGGAGUCGUGUUCUUCGUGGCGGGACUCAUCUGCUUCAUACCCGGGGCCUAUCACGUCGUGUACAUCUGGCUGGCAGCCAAAGGAUAUCGAGGGUUCGACUUCUAUCACCUGCCGCUGUUCACAUAAGCGGACAUCUGGGCAGUCGAGCUGGUUGAUCCACGGACGAGGAGAGUGGGAGAAACCCCAUCUAUAAAUAUAAAUCUGUGUUUGUUUAUACCCGACCCGUAUAAAGAACUUAUUUUCUACAUUGUAAUCGUAAUUAACCCGAAACUCGGUUUGUGUAACGUACUUUUUGUGUUUAGCGGCAAAAAUUUCGUUUAGACAAAUAUCCCUUCCCCCUGAAACCCGAAUCGAAAUCUAGCAAUAUAUAGAUUAUAUAUUUUACAAUAUUUUCUAUUAUAUACUCGGUAAAGUGUUUUGUAUGCCCCCUUCUCCAAAACCAAACCCAAAAAAGCGAUAAACAUUCAUACGUACACUCAAAAUUGAUUUAAGCAAAAGAGAAGAAACAAACGAAAGACUUUGUAUAUGAUGCUAACAUGUUGAGGAAGCGCUAGAGUUAUAACGUAUACUAUAUAUAAAUUGUAAUUUAUUGAAAUUUAAUUGCACCAAAAACGCCGCGAGGCGUGCGAAAAUGUUUUACGAUUUUCAAAACCAACACUCAAGAAACUAAAAAAGAUUAACAACCGUUCACCCACGAAUCUAUGUAUAUGAUUAGUGAGCGUCUGUCCAGGGAUGCGCCUUAAAGAACUAGAUCUAGACCUUAGUCAACGUCGAAUUAUGAUUAUGAUUAUGUUAAAGCCUAAUCGCAAUGCAGCGAGGACUCCUCGAGCAACCAUGAUAAUACCAAGCUACUAGUGAUGUAAGACGAUGCGCCGAUAUUGCAAUACGUUCUUUUAUAGCUAUAGUGAUGACGCGUCUCUUUUCCGCUGACCUUUAACCCCGUCCUCUAAUGAAAUUACAUCUCACACUCACCCACAUUUCUGAGAACUAAUCACUCACACACCUCAUCAGCCGCUUAGUUGUUAAUGUCGUAUAAUUUCUUUUUAAGAAAUGCUGAAUAUGGUUGUAUUAAAACGAAAACGAUUAUCACACGCGGAAAAUCCAACAA